CCCUCUGCUUGGUCGCCAUUGCGGGAUGCGGUGCUGCCCUCGCGGCCCUUCUCUCGCGUGAAGCAGGGGCUGCUCGCGACUGGGGCUGCCUUCCGACCUGACGGGACCGUUCGGAGCCCCGGUUGCCCCGUAUGGCGGCUGGGUGCCGGUGGCCUGUGCUCUGCUGGGACCGGCGGGUGUGGGCUCCGCCAGCCGUGCCUCCGCCCUCAGUGAGGGGCUGAGCCGGCGGGGCUGGCCGGCCGGCGGCGGGAGGGAGAAAACAGCUCCGUCCCGUAAAGGAGCUGUUGCCGUUUAACUAGAAUUCAUGCAGGCUUACUGUCGGGAUGGAUUUCUGAUUGUAACUGGUUGCUUUUCCUUUGCUGUGCCGUUGUGCUGGGUAUCUGUGUGCUUAGCGGGACGUUGUUCGGUGCCUCUGGUAGGCAGCCCGGUGCCCGGCACCUUAUUGGUGUUAUCUGACUGGCCCUGUGUGCACAGGGCUCUGGGGUUGUACGUCAAAGGAAACAUGGCAGAUCCUUGGCAAGAAUGUAUGGAUUAUGCAGUUACAUUGGCAAAGAAAGCUGGGGAAAUAAUCCGUGGAGCACUCAAAGAAGAAAAAUCCAUUAUGAUUAAAAGUUCACCAGUAGAUCUAGUGACUGAAACUGAUCAAAAAGUAGAAAACUUCAUUAUCUCAUUGAUAAGAGAAAAGUAUCCUUCUCACAGCUUUAUUGGAGAAGAAUCAGUUGCAGCUGGAGGGGGCAGCAUUUUGACAGAUAGCCCUACAUGGAUUAUAGACCCUAUUGAUGGAACUACCAACUUCGUGCACAGGUUUCCAUUUGUGGCAGUUUCAAUUGGCUUUGUUGUAAACAAAAAGAUAGAGUUUGGAAUUGUGUAUAGCUGUGUUGAAGACAAGAUGUACACUGCUAGAAGAGGAAAAGGGGCAUUUUGCAAUGGUCAGAAACUUAAAGUGUCAGGCCAAGAAGACAUUACAAAAUCCCUUCUAGUGACAGAAUUGGGAUCAAAUCGUGAUCCAGAGACUAUAAAAAUUGUUCUUUCUAACAUGGAAAGACUCCUCAGUAUUCCUAUUCACGGGAUUAGAGCCGUUGGUACAGCAGCUGUAAACAUGUGCCUUGUGGCAGCAGGUGGAGCUGAUGCCUAUUAUGAAAUGGGGAUUCACUGCUGGGAUAUGGCAGGGGCUGGAAUCAUUAUUACUGAAGCAGGAGGUGUACUCCUGGAUGCAUCAGGUGGACCAUUUGAUUUGAUGUCUCGGAGAAUAAUUGCAGCAAGCAGUCGACCUAUUGCAGAGAGAAUAGCCAAAGCACUUCAGAUAAUUCCUCUGAAAAGAGAUGAUGCAACUAACUGAGUACCAAAGCUGCACCUUUAAACAUACAGUUAUACACUGGUUCUCUCUCUCAUGUGGUGGUUGUUCCACACCUGGCACCUGAUUAAAAAAAAGAAAAUAGAUUGUGUUCUUUCAGUACUGGAUAGCUUCUGGUGUGACUGUGAAGUAGUGUUUUGAGAUUGGACCAAGACCUAAGUAAGCUUUUAUUGUCAAGUAUUCUAUUUAGCAUUAAAAACACAUAUUUGCUUCCUUUUAUAGAUCUACAACUGCUGUUCUGAAGCUUUAUACUACACUGGAAAGCAUAGCUUAAGAUCUUUUGUUUAGUUACAUAAUAACAAAACUGAUCCACUAUCUCAAUGCCACAUAAUUGCAUCUGACCAGAAGCUAAAGGCAAUAUUGUUUAUCCAUUCUCUAACCUUUUAUCUCCUGACUGUUGUUUCUUUUUCAGUGUCAUCAGCAUAUCAAUUUCCUUAACUUGGUAGAGUUUUUCUAGAAGUAGUUGGUGUGUUUCUGAAUGUUUUUUUAGUUGCUUGUAGUUCAAAGCCCCUUUUAUUUACCAGUCUUUGUUUUUGUAGUCAUGGUUCUACCUUUUUUACAUGAGAUAAACGCAGUCUACUCUUUUGCUUUUUAUGUGGCCAAUAUUCUUGCAUAUUUAUUACAGUUGCAGAAAUAAUAAUUACUGUGCCAGGAAAACAUGUUUUUGCCAAGAAUAAGUUCUGAGCACACUUCCUAUUGACAGAUGGAUUUGCUCCAGAUUAAGACUGAAGUAUGACUUAAAUUUGUUCUGUCAGUUGGAAUUAUCAGCUUGUGUGUACUAGGUUCUUACUCUUAUUAUUUGAACUGUAAUACCCAUUAAUCUUGUUUGAAUUUCUCCAUGAUUAAUUAUUCCUUAGGUUCUGAAAUAAAGUCUGAACUGGCAAAAAAUAAGCCAGUAGUCCAGGCUCCUUACAUCAUUCUCUGUAAGUUAUAAAAGCAAUGACUGACCGAGUCCAGGCUUCCAUUGUGUUAUGUUGUUGAUAGGCACAAAAGAAAAUAUGUUUCUAACCCUAAGUGUUUUUAAAUCUAAGAAAUAUCAGUAAUCUAAUGCUUUAAGUUUAUUGUUCUGAACUUAUAAAACUAUACAGUUCUUUGCAUUUUUGAAUUUAAAAGUAUCAGUCUACUGACCAAAUAAUGAAUGCACUUUAAGAAAAAACCUUAAUUUAGAUCACUUUUUAACCUGAUUUUUCUGCGUCUGAGGUCUCGAAUAUAAAGUUGUCUUAUAGAGAUUGUCCAGUCAAAAGAUAGCAACAUUUUGGAAAAACUGACUUGUACUGCUGUCCCACUGUUUUUGUUUUGGCAAGUGAUCUUCUCUCUUGAAAGUUCCAGCAGAUCUCUUGUGGAAUUUGAACUUUUAAUAUCAGGGGGUUUUUUUGGUUUGUUUUGUUUUAUGAAUUUGCUGAAAUGUUGUAUUUGAAUCUGUAUCUAAUGCCAGAUGAUUAACAUUAAUGAUCAGCAGCUGCCUGAUAUUCGUAGGUUUCUGUAAAAAAAAAAAAAAAAAAAAA